AUGUGGACGUCAUCCCGAGUACCCCAUGAGAGGUGCAGUCCGAGGUACGACAUGGCCAGACAAGUGGAGGUUGCCACUUCACCGAAAAAGAACAUAGCGUCGUUCAACCUUGUGACAAGCUGCUACCGCUACCUCCGCGACGAGCAAGAGGCUGUGCAGAAGAGGACGUUCACCAAAUGGAUCAAUUCCCACUUGGCCAAGCAUGUUCCGCCUCUGGUUGUGACCGAUCUGUUUGAAGACAUCAAGGACGGCGUGAAGCUGCUCGCCCUUCUAGAGGUUCUCUCUGGACAAAAAUUGCCAUGUGAGCAGGGCAGGAAGCUGAAGAGGAUCCACUGGGUCGCCAACAUCGGCACCGCUCUCAACUUCCUCCAGGGUAGGAAGUCUGCCUACAGGGGAUCACCGAUCAAGCUGGUGAACAUCAACUCCACCGAUAUUGUUGAUGGUCGGCCGUCCAUCGUCUUGGGCUUGGUGUGGACCAUCAUCCUCUAUUUCCAGAUCGAGGAGCUCACCUUCAGUCUCCCGGCUGUUCAGGCUCUGUCGGGCAGUUUGUCCUCUCUGAACGGCUCCACUAACAGCAUUGAGACCGCCAGCCCACCGGUCAAGAAGAAGCCCCAGCCGCCCGUGCAGGGUUCCGCUAGAAAGGCCCUCCUCAGAUGGGUCCAACAGACAGCCACCAAGCGUCUGGGAAUCGAGGUGAAAGACUUUGGUCCGAGCUGGCGGACAGGUUCAGCAUUCCUCGGCAUUAUACAUGCCCUUCGGCCUAAUUUAGUUGACAUAGAGCGCUCAAGGAGGAGAUCCAACCGGCAAAAUCUGCAAGAAGCUUUUUCGUUAGCUGAAACGCACUUGGGCGUUGCACAACUCCUUGACCCUGAGGACGUGGACGUGGACAAGCCGGACGAGAAAUCCAUCAUGACUUAUGUGGCUCAGUUCCUGAAGCAUCAUCCCGACCGAGAGCGCGGCGCCUCGGAAGGACGAGUGGCGGAAGACGAAGGGGAGGCGUCUGUCCCGCAGCACGGUUUCCUCGCUCCUCGCGAUAUCGAGGAAAUGUUGGAGCGAGAGCAGCGCAAGAGCCUGAGGGAGUUUAAAAUGUGGCUGGACCAGCUGGAGAGAGACACGCUACAUGCCCAGGAGACCGAGGGCAAUCUCGCUCUGCAGUACCAGUUGUUCAAGAGUCUGCGUGUUCAGCUGGAGAUCCGGAGAAAACAAGUGGAGGAUCUGCUGAAGUCCACACAGAAGGAUGGAAUGCUGACAGUUGAUCAGGCUUUGGUUAAACAAGCUUGGGAAAGAGUCUCCAACAGACUUCUGGACUGGCAUCUGCUGCUGGAUACAUCCCUUCCUGCUCCUUUGGAUGGGUUGGGGGCCUGGCUGCAUCACACUGAAGAAGCUCUGCGACACGAUAUAACUGCAGAGCAAGCCAACGACGAAGCAACAAUCAGUGAAGCCUUGGAACGACACAAGGACGUGUUGAAGAGCCUCGAAGGUCACCAGAAUGUCUUCCAGAGGAUCCAUAAGGACAGAAGUAUCAAUGGUGUCCCAGUUCCGCCAGAACAGAUCCAAGACAUUGCAGAGAGGUUAAACUUCCUUUCCACAUCUUGCAGCGUCCAGCUGUCUAAAAUGGAAUUCCUGAAGCACAAACACCACAUGGAGGCCUUUCUCACAGAAGCAGAGUCCAAGCUCAAGUCUUGGAUUGUAAAAUACGGCCGACAAGAGUGCGUGGAACAGAUGCUACGCGAUUACGUCGUUUUUGUGGAAAAGCAGUAUUUCUUUGAAAAUUAUAAAACCCUGUUUCAGUUACUGAAAAAUGCUGCGGAGGUUUACAUCAGCGCCGAUAGCUCAGCUGACGAGGGUGAGACAGGGGUCACCCGGCUAGUGCGGGACGUGUCCGCCCAGUGGAGAAGUCUUUCCAUGGAGGUGCGCAGUGUAAGGAGCAUGCUAGAGGAGGUGCUGUCUAACUGGGACCGCUACGCCUCCACGGUGGCCUCUUUUCAAGCCUGGCUGGAGGACGCAGAGGAAGCCCUGAGACAGCCGGAAAAGACAAAGCAGGAAUUCUUCAGGAAUCUCAGCCACUGGAUGGAUCAGCACGCCGCCAUGAACGACGCGGGGAAUUUUCUUAUCGAGACGUGCGACGAGACUGUGUCGCUUGAGCUCAAGCAGCAGCUGCUUCUUCUGAAUGGACGCUGGAGAGAGCUUUUUGCUAAAGUCAAAGAGCAUGCCCAAGUUGAUGAGUUGGAAAAGUGGCGAAAAGACCAUCGAAAGACAAUGACGACUUUGGCAGAACUGUUGGAUACAGCGGAGGCCAGGCUCAAUGCUCCUACACAAGUGUCUUUCCUUGGUGUCCGAGCAUUUCUUCAAGAUGUGGAGAAUACCAAGCAAAAGGUUGUCACCAUGGAAACGCAGUACAAGCUAGCCGGCCGCAGCGCUCAUCUACUCGCCAAGGAUGCUUCGCGUGACGAGGCCGCCGGGGUCAUCGCGGCCAUGACGACCGCUAAGAGUCAGUUGAGUCGGGUGAGAGAGCGCUGUCCCAUCUUAGUGCGCGAAUGUCACAGUCUUCUGCCUUUGCUGGAGGAAAUGGAGAAACACAUCUCUGUCUUUUAUCAAGCCCUGGACCGUGCCAGUCGUAUUACCGCCAGGGACGCAGAGACACUUAGCCCCACCCUGCACAGGCAGAAAUGGCAGGAGUUGUUGAACCAGCAGCAGAGUUGCAAACGCUGUCUGGCGGUCAUUGAGAGGAACCAUCACACGGUGCAGAGGUUGCUAUCAAACACUAAAGUGCUUCGAAACUUGGAUACCAGCUUGCUGCAGAAGAAAGUAUCUGAAGUACAAAGCUCAGCACAGGCUCUGCUGAAGGAGGUCUCAGAGUGGAGGAGAAGGGAAGAAGCCAACAACUGUCUGAGGAGGAGGUUUGAGGAGUCCCGACAGGAUUUGGAGGGAGUGCUGAAGAGAGCGCAGGACUGCUUGGGGGAGACAGGAAACGCUGAGGAGUUGCUGAAAAAACACACGGAUUUUUUAAGCCAACUUGACCAACGUGUACUCAGCGUCUUUCUGAAGGCAUGUGAUGAAUUGACUGACAUUCUACCAGAAGAGGAGCAACAGGGUCUGCAAGAAACAGUCCGCAGGCUACACAAACACUGGAAGGACAUUCAAGGCAAAGUGCCACCUCACCUGCUGCGUCUGAAGGUUGAGGUAGAACAGAGUCGAGUAGAUGCUGUUCUCCAUGAGUGCAGAGGAGAGCUGGACAGGGAACUCCAAAUCUUGUCUGCCUCCUCCUCCAGCGAGCAUGUGAUCAAAGAGCACAGAACGUUCUUCAGGGAACGCAAACCUUUGGCUGCCUGCAAGAAGCGCAUUAGGAACAUGGAAGAUCUGUGUCACGAGUUGCCUGACAACGAUGCGGCUUAUCGAACGCUGGAAGCCACCAGGAGGGCCGUAGAGGACGUGACGGAGCAAAUCAGGAGUACAAGCAUCCAGCUGGAGCAGCAUCCUGAUCAGUGGAAAGAAUGGAAUGAUAGAUUUUGUGAGCUUUCCGACUGGCUGUCAUCGCAGAAAAGACACAUAAAGGAUACCGCAAGAGCUUCCGGCCAACAGAAAGAAGUUGAUAUGGCUGUGCAAGCGUUGCGAGAAGCUGGUGACUCCCGAAAAGAAAGCCUUUUGUGGCUUCAGAGUCAGCUCUCGAGCCUGACUGAUGUAAGCUCUGAAGUGGAGAUUAAAAGGCAGCAAAAUGCUCUGACCAAACUUUCAGCUGACUUUGAGGAGCUGUUGUCCUCACUGUGCCAGGGAGAUGGUCAGGGUUCAGGUACAUUCCAGAUCGAGGAGCUCACAGAGGAGGUGCUGGGCGCUCUGGAGGAGGUCCUGAGAGCGGGGAAAGAAGCCGAGGAGCAGGUCAGCAGGAUCUUGGAUGCUGAGGAUGUGAGGGAAGCACAGGAACUUUUCCUAAUUCAUCAGCAACACCUAAAACAACUCCAGGCUCUCAGAAGAGAGGCGGAUCUUUUAGUGUCCCACUUGCAGCAGCUCCAUUCGGGAGAGGCAUUGAGUUGCUCGGUGCAUGAGCUAGAGGAACGUGUCCGAGAAACUGACUGCCAGUUCAGCGCCAAUGAACACGGCCUGCAGGCCACUCUGAGCUCUUGGCUGAAUUUUGAAACUGAGUGGGAAACACUUCAGGUGUCUAUAGGUGACAUUACAAUUGAGCUACACAAAGAGCUUAUAUUCAACAGCCUUGACAGCCUGAGGAGUGAACUGGAUCACACCAAAGAGCUAUUCAUCAAGCUUGAGGACUGUUGUGUGAGAGCAGACGUCCUCCUGGAGGAGGCAGCGGAUCUGCAGCUCAGUCCUAAAAAUCAAAUUGCAGUACUACAUCAAGCCCAAUCGACUAGGGAAGCAGUCCAGCAGCUUCAAGACCACCUCAACAAAAAUGUUGUCAAGCUAGAGAGGACGCGCUCCUCAUGGGAGCACUUCAACAACCAAUCUGUAAUGUUCUCGUCAUGGAUCAAUGAAAACCAGAGAGCUUUGGAUGAUAUCAAGCAUACCAUGCCCUCAGAUCACUUGGACGAACACAUCAGCACUGUUGAGACAGUAGCAGAAAGUUUACAAGAAAGGAGACCCACACUUUUCCAAAUGGAGGAAGACUGCGAAGCACUGUCUAGAUUUGUGACUCCUGGGGAAACCAGAUGUAUUCGGGCGCUGCUUGACCAGAUGAGGUGCUCCUGUGAAGAAUUGACAGAGAAAACAGAAAAGUUAUCAGGGCAGCUUAAACAAAACGUCGCUGACAGACAGAGGUGUAGCGAUAACCUGGAUCAGGUCAAGAAAAUGAUGAAUGAUCUGAAGGAGAAACUCGACACUCCUGUUACAUUUUGCACAUCCUCGUCACAGACAUACAAGAAUCUACAGAGUCACUUGGAGGUGUGCCAGUCAGUUGAGCAGCUGAAACCCAGACUUCUGGCUUUGUGUUCAGCUGUCGGAAGCCUGGGAGAGGGCAACAAGUUGGAGGAAGAGGUGCCUCACCUCCACAAACUGCGAGAAGAGUUACUGGAAAAGGCUGAACAGAAACAAUCGGCACUAGAAAGCCUUCUAACGCUGUGGCAGAGAUUUGAAAAGGAAAAUUCAGCUAUAAAAAGCUGGCUAGAUGGUUGCGAGACUGUCUGCAAUCCAGCUGACGAGUUGCUCUCUUCAGACAAAGUCAAGCUCACAUUGGAGCUCCAACACAUCCAGGAAAUACAGGCGGAAACCCCCUCCAAUGACGCUCUACUCGAGGGUCUGUUAAAUUUAGUGCUCUGUCUUUAUCCGUCUGCCCCUGAGGCUCGAGUCCAAGAGCUAAAGGAUGAUCUCACCCAAAUGCAGGAGAGAUACAACUCACAGAAGAACAAAAUGAAACACAGAUCUGAGCAACUAGAGUGUCAGUUGUCCCAGCUGGAGCUUUUCAGUGAAGCGCUUCUGACACUGAAUCAAAAGAGUCAAAACUUGCUGUCUGUCUCAAGAAGCUCUCUUCGGGUUGACGUUACGGAUCUCAGCAGUGUCUUGACAGAGGUCAAGGAGCACGAGACUCAGAUAAAGGCCUAUUCUUCACUAAUAGAGGCUCUCCAACAAAGAGAAUCAGCUCUGCUUCCACACUCCACCCCAGAAGCUAAACAGCAGCUCCAGACGAGGAGAGAAAAUUGCCUACAACCCUUCACUGAAUGUGAACACCUGUUGCUUCUACGUAAAAAGAGCCUAUCUGAUUUAAAUAUCUUCCUGGACAAGAGCGAAACCGCAGUCCAGGCUGUCGGUCAACUUAAUGCAUCUAUGGGGAGGGAAGGGAGCUGGGAUCCUUCCAAAGCUAAAGAGCUCCACAACCGCUUAGAGGAGGUCACAAGGGACGUGGCCCAGCUUGAGGCUGAAGCUUUAGGGUUGGACGCGCAGCUGACCAAGGCUCACCUUCACCUUUGUGCCUCGAAUGACGCAACGUCUUGCAGUGCCUUGACAAUGGCCCUUAUUACAUCCUUGGAGGAGGCACGAAGCAGUUUGGGAUGGAGGCAAAGUGAAGCGGACGCUCUUAAGGCUAUGUGGAGCUCCUUCAACGGGAGGAAGGAGGAGGUGAUGAAGAAUUUGGAGAAAUUGCAACUUAGAAUAACACACGAGAUGGUCAAAGAGAGCUCUGUGCAAGCAUUUCAAAACAGGCUGUGUUACUUAGGCCAUCUGGAGGAUGAGCUCCAGUCUCUUCAUCAGUGCCAUGAGUGGUUAGAUGAAAAGGGAAACCAGUUGGCCCAGAGGGACACUGAGCAGGCGGGGUUGGCCCUCGGAGAUGUUGAUGUCGUCAUGGCUGCAUGCGACCAUGUCAGGACUCUUAUUACUAAAAGUCAGGAACAGAGCCAAGGAGUACUAGACCUCCUGCACCAAUACGAUCACUUGAAGUCAAUACUAAGUACUUGUGUGGAGAAGGCCCACGCACUUGCUCAUAACCUGCCUGAUCACAAUCAAAAUGCUGAAGAGGCUAGGAGAGCCUUCUCACAGCACAAGCAGCUGCAGGGUGAGCUCAGAGAAAAGCAAGAGGACAUGGAUAAGCUCAUCAGUACAGUGGAAGACCUGCAAAGAGAACUGGAAUUCAUUCCUGACUGUGACUCAAGCCUCAUUCACAGAGACAUGGAUGUGUUAAGGGCACAGUGGUUAGAGACUUCCGAGAGAAUACAAACUAACACUGAAAGAUUAGGCUACUGUGUAAUCCUCUGGGAUGACCUCAAGCAGAUGGAACAGGACAUGAACCAGUGGACCAUCACCACCUCUUUCGCUGACCUCACCAACAAUGUCAACAAACUGAGUGACAAGGAUACAGAAGCCCGCCUCGUCACCUUACAGGCUGAAAUUGAGAAGAGGGAGCAGUUGCUGGACGCACUGCAGGGGAGAGUUGGUGAACUCAAGGAGCAGACUAAACUGGUGGAAACGCCCUUACAAAUGCAGGUUCUCGGGUCAGAGCUAAGGACAAAGUUGGAUCAUGUUCAGGUGGUGUUCGAGAAGGCCAAACAGAAUCUGACCUAUUUUACACUCCAAAAGCAGAAACUAGAGGACCUCAUGUCCCAGAUGACCAAGCAGCUUGAAAACAUUGAGGGUUCCUUGUUGGAUCUCAAUGAGACCACCUCCCCGGAGGCUAUUGGUGCUAUUCAGCGUCUGCAGGAUGAUAUUGAGCAGCAGAAGAUAGACAUGGACUCGGCCCGAGAGGCUCUAAGCACCUUAUGCAGGUUGCAUCCAACUCAGGAGCUCUCUCACCUGUCCGCUGACGUCACAGUGGUUGCCCAGCGCACCGAAGCGGUCGCACAGCGUUGUGCCAAGGCCAGGGCCAGCCUGCAAGAUAUGCUGCAUCUCCACUUCAACCAGCUUAUCCAAGAAUUCCACUCCUGGCUUUCUGGAUUGAAGUCGGAGUUGAAAGAAUGCUCAAAUCAGUCGGGAGACGUGUCCGUCCUCACAGCAAAGUCGCAAAGAUUGAAGUUGACAGUAUGGACAUCAGAGGGCGAAAAGCGUCAGUCUCGGGUAUGUGAAGAGGCAGAGAGGCUUCACCUCCACCUGGCAAAAGCGGCUGUAACACAGGUCCAGGAGAACCUCUCGUCCUGUCAGAGAGAGUGGAGGACCUUUCUGGAUGACUGUUCCCAAAGCCAGCUAAGCCUAGAGGAGAGUAUUCAUCUCCUCAAAAGCUUUGAGAAUGCUGUAGAGGGUGUCAGAGAAUGGCUUAGGCAGAUGAAGCUCAACCUCAACAAGGAGUCUCUUGUUGGGGUAGACAACCAGCAAGGUGCCCCUGACACCAAGGAGGAACUGGAUAGGGUGGAAAGCCUUCAUAAGGAGCUUAUAGCGAGACGAGAGACUAUUGAGCGUGUCAUCCAGGACGCCCAGUCCUUGUCUGAGGCAGGACGCGGGUCCGGCGGUGAGGUCCGAUUGGCGGGCCAACUCCAAAUGGAGCACCAAGCUCUGCUCAAAGUUGCCAGGGGGAAGCUGCGUGGCUGCCAGGAGAACCAGGCUUUUGGGGAGACUCUGCAAGGGGUGUGGGCGUGGUUAGAGGAGAUCCAGGAGAAGCUGGGCACGGUGGACAGCACCAUGGGUACUAAGAAACAACUGGAGCAGAGGCUGGAGACUGUGCAGGAUAUCCUGCUUCUGAAAGGAGAAGGCGAGGUCAAAUUGAAUAUGGCGAUGGGUAAGGGAGAGAUGACUCUGCGCGGCUACAGCACCGCCGCACAGGAAGCGGUGCGUUCGCAGCUCCAGGAGAUGGAGGAUGCCUGGGCCACUCUGCUUGUGACCACUAUGAGCUGCCACAGUCGUCUCGAAUGGACUGUGUCUCAAUGGACUGAGUAUCUGGAAAAUGCGACGCAACUCCGGCGCUGGAUGGAGGCAGUGGAACGUGAGGUGCGCGCUUCCCUCGCUCCGCAGCCAGGUCCCAGGGAGAAGGCGUCUCAGCUGGAAAGGCUGCGAGCCCUACUUGCCGAUAUGGAAGACCAUCAGCUGGCUUUGUCCAGUCUAGAGGAAAAAGCCAGAGAACUUUUCAAGAAGACAGGCGACCCCAGUUUUAACCACGGUGCUCGAACGCAGCUGCAGGUGCAAUUUGAUGAGCUGGCAGCUUUGGUGGAGGGGAAAGUACGCCUGGCACAGAGUUUGGUGCUGGAACAUCAGGAAUACUUGGAGGCUGUUCGAGAGCUCACAGAUUGGCUAAUUACUGCAGGGGAGGAACUUCAGCAUUGGUCGGAGACAUCUGGAGAUUCUGCCUCUAUCCAGAAGAAACUACAUGAAGUGAGGGAGCGUGUGGAGUCUCGACUCUUAGAAGGCCGCGAGCGCCUCGGCAUCGUGCGGCGGACCGCAACGGCGGCAGCGGAGCACACGGCAGCGGGGGGUUGCGAGGCCAUGGACCGGCAGCUGGGGGCGCUUUCUCAGGCGCUGGAGCAAUGGGAGGGCGCCGCUCUAAGGGCCAGAGACGGCCUAGAGGGGGCACUCGCCUCUGCCGCCGCCUCUGAGGAGGAGUACGAGUGUCUGAGCUCCCGGCUGGAAGGCGAUUUGAAAGAACUGGACGCUCGACUAAGAGGGUGGAGCCAGGAGCUGACUGGAGCCGAGGGGCGGUGCAAUGGCGAGGAAGCGGUGACGGGAUGGCAGUUAGCUAAGGACAUAUUGGAGGGCCUGCAAAGCGUUGAGCCGAUGGCAGAGAAGUUGAAGAGUCAACUGAACGAACUGGUGCAACACUCCAGAGACUUGGGCUCCCAUUCUGAGCGUGUCACCUCUCUCAUCAAGCAACACAACAGCCUCAGCCUCCGCGCAUCUAGGGAGUGCCAAAAUAAGGAGCGCCUGUUAGAGCAGCGUUUCCGUGCCGCCCUGCGAGACUUUCAGCAGUGGUUGGUCAACGCUAAGAUCUGCACCGCCAAAUGUUUCGACGUGCCGCAGAGUGUGGCUGAGGCCUCCACCGCCCUGCUAAGGAUACAAGAGUUUUUGAGUGACAGGGAGCAUGGGCAGGCCAGACUGAGUACAGUGGGAGCCAGCGGGGAGCUGCUCAUGGCGGUGGUGUCCAAAGAGCGGGUAGAGGGGAUCAAGGCCAAAGUGGACAACGCCAGAGAGGACUGGAAAAGCCUGAUGAAUAACCUUCAGCUUAGGGAGGAUACUCUCAAGAACUUGCGGUGUCAGAUGACAGAUUUCGAGGCCAGCGCCGAGCCCCUUCAGGAGUGGCUAAGUGGUGCCGAGGUCAGAGUUCAGGAGAGCAGCACUCGGCUGCAUGACCUCUCAGCCAAGAAACAAGAGCUGGACAAACUGCAGCAUGUCCUGGAAGAGCUAGCAAGUCGCGAUGCAGAACUGGGCCGGCUCAGGGAAAGAGCUCACGGUCUAUGGGAGGGUCAAGCUGCCGGCAAGGGCUUCGUUCACCGAGUGUCCCAACUCUCUGCACAGUACUUGGCUCUUAGCAACUUGACCAAGGAGAAGGCCUCCAGAAUCGAACGCGUGGUAGGAGAGCAUCGCCUCUUCUCUCAGGGUCUUAAAGAGCUCCAGGAAUGGGUAUGCGAGGCCCAAACUGUCCUCAGCACUUGGACGUCCACCACCUCUGAUAAAGCUGUACUAGAAGACAGAAUGUUACAGCUUGAAGCCUUGCUGGCUGCCCGUCAAGAGCGAGAGAUCCAACUAAAGAUGCUGCUUACCAGGGGAGAAGCUGUCCAACGAAACACGUCGGCUGAGGGCGUACCAGUGAUUCGCAAACAGAUUCAGGACCUCAAGGACUCAUGGGACUCCUUACUGUCUUCCUCUAUCAAAUGUAAAAGCCAAUUGGAGGGCGCCUUGUCACAGUGGACGAGCUAUCAGGAAGACGUUGGCCACUUUAUGCUCUGGAUGGACCGUGUCGAGGAAACACUGAGCUGCUCAGAUAGGCAGUACUCGGAGAUGAGAGACAAGACAGCAAACCUAGGGAAGACUAAGCUUCUGUAUGAAGAAGUGCUGAGUCACAGUUGUCCUUUGGAGACCAUCGCAUCAAAGGGAGCCAUCAUGGCAGAACACUGCAGCACCCAGCAGGAAGUGAAACAACUCCAGAGUAGAUAUAGCACCCUAGAGGAAAAGGCCAAGAAUGCAGUCAGCAAGGCCAAGAGUUUGGUACUGAUCCACCAGGAGUAUCAGCGAGGACUACAUGUUUUUGAAGAUUGGCUAGAACAGGAGCAAUCCACUCUAGCUUCUUUAUCCCAUCCUGAAGGGAAUGCGGAAACACUUGAGGAAACGUUGAAACAACUUCAGAUUCUACAGGAGCGCUGCUCUGACGGCCAGUCACUGCUGUCGUCCGUGCUGACCAGCAGAGAGCGAGUCAUCCCGUGGGGCAUACCGCAGAUCGAGGACAGAGCUCUUGACACGGCACAGCAGGAAUGGGGGGCUUACCAAAGCAACCUGGAGGAAACCCAGAUCCAUCUGAACUCCAUUCUGACCAGAUUGAGAGAGAUGGGCCAAAAGUUCCUUAUGUUGGCGCACUGGCUCGAGGAGAUGGAAAAAGGGGCUGACUUGAGGCCUCACCGGAGGUCAGACAGAAGCACAAAGGAGACACAGCUGAAGAAACUCGAGUCGUGCCUUGAGACGGUGCUUGCACGGCAAAGCGAAGUGGAUGGGCUCUGCUCGCAUGCCCAGCACACUUUGGAAGAAACCGACAUAAGCGGUCGCGUAAGCGUUACAGCAACCCAGCUCACUGCACGUUACCACUCUCUGCUGCUCAGCAUACAGGAGACCAUCAAGCAAUUGCAGGAGGAGCUGAGGAGCCUUCAGGAGGCCGAAAACCUUUGCGCGUCAUUCACCGAGUGGCUCGGCUCGACGCAGAAAAGCUUCACAGAAGUCACUGAUACAUCGGAACCACUGGACCGCAAUGCCUUGGAGAAAAAGCUGAAGAAAUUAGAGAGUCUUCAGUUCGAACUCCACCAUGGUCACAGUUUACUGAAGUCACUGAGGGAAAAGGCCGAACAGGCCGCCAACUUCCUGAACGAGGCCGGAGCCGAGAGUCUAGGAGGAGAGGUCGAAGCACGACUUUCCCAGCUGGAGGAGCUUGCGGGCUGGCUGAGGACAGAGCACAGCUUUCUGGAGCGUGCCUCGCUGCUGGCUAAGGAGUUCCAGGAGCGCUAUAAGGCUCAGUCCCAGUGGUUGGUAGAAACAAAGGCUUUGCUGUUCUCCGCACCGGAGCCCAAGGCUGAGCUUUACCAACGGAGAGUGCAGCUGGCCAAGUACAAGGCUGUUGUGCAGAUGGUUCAGUCCCACGACGGCUCCAUCAGGUCAGUAGUGGAGAAAGGCGACGCUCUCCUGGCAUCCGUCCACUACCCCUCUAUCCGGGACAAAAUGAAUAGACUGCAAAAGGACUACACCGACCUCUCUAACAUGGCUACGGCUCACGUGGCACAUCUGGAGAAUCAGGUGAGGGAGCAGGAAGCGUACCACAACGAGCUCCAGGAGGUAGAGCGCUGGUUGCUGCAGAUGUCCAGCAGGAUGGUGACACCCGACCCCAGCGUGAGCCGCAGCCUCGAGGCAGCUACACAACAGCUGGCUCGGCACAAGGCCAUCAUGGAGGAGAUUGCGGGCUUUGAGGAUCGCUUGGCAGGCUUGAAGCAGCGCGGGGACCACCUGGUGCACGGCUGCGACGAGCGCGUGCAGAGUCGGCUGAGACAGCAGGUCCACACGCACCAGCAAGGCACCAGAGACAGCUACUCUGCCAUCUGCAGCACGGCACAGAGGGUAUAUCAGAGCCUGGACCAUGAGCUACAAAGACAUGUAAGCCUCCAAGACACCUUGCAGCAGUGCAAAACUUGGCUGACGACUGUGUCCCGGGAGCCAGAACCUCCUGCGCUGACCCCUCUCGGGCUGGAGGAAGCACUACAGCAGGUGAAGCAAGAGCGGGCCCUCCAGGAGCAAGCUAGCACUUACCUCCAACUCGCAUGCUCUUCAUGUGAUCUUUCACUUCUCGAGGUGCAAGAAGUGGCUUCAAGCAUCCAGCAGGUCAAACUACAUAUUGAGGAGCGCAUGUUGAUCUGCGAGGAGGUUGCGGAGAACUGGAGGGGCAUUGAGAAGCAUAAGGCAGAACUGGAGGUGCGGCUGAGAGAAACGGAACAACAACUUGAGACUCUCACUAGGUGUCCUGCAGAGCUUGAGCCCAGAAUUGCACAGAACCAGCUGGACAAAGCACAGGAGUUCCUUCAGCAAGUGAGGGAAAGGCAGUCAGAGGUGAGCCGCUUAAUCGAGGCCAUCAGUCGACUGACAGACGGAGAGGAGUCCGCCGCCCUUGAUGAUGUGAGGAAGCUGCGCAGAAUCUGGAUGGAAAUUGGCCUGCGUGCUGAGGAACUGGAGGCAGAGCGAGGGGAGGACAUGCAGCGCAGCGGCGAGUAUCAGGAGAGUGUGACUGCUGUCGAGGAGCUUUUCCAUCAAGUGUCCAGGGAGUGGGACUAUCUCGCUAGGGCUGACACUGAAAGCACAAGGGAACAUCUAGAAGCUCUGAGGAAGUUGUCCAGUGAUCUCAUGGAACAGCGAACAACACUAGAAGAACUGCGGGAGCAAAAACAAGCCAUCCUGCUUCGAAUAAACCUGCUAGACAAGGAACUGGUGAAACAACAGGUUGGUCAUUUGGAGCAACGCUGGGCCCAGCUGGAGUCUCUCAUCCAGCAGAAGAUCCAGGACUCUUCGCAAACACUGGAGGAUCUGUCACGGGUGGAAACCCAGCUGAAGGAUGCCCGCGAGUGGGUGGAAGAACAACGACCCGCACUGACCUCUGCGCUGAAGACCAGCCCACCGCCUGAUCUGGCUCAGAGUUUCCUUUUCGACCACUUGAGCGUGUGCGUGGAGCUGGAGGCGCGCCAGCAGCUGCUCGCUCAAGCGGUGCGCGAAGCGCAGGUUGUGGCGACCAGGCUGGGACUGAGUGAGAGGAAAAGCCUGCAGGAGCUUGUUGAACAAGCUCAGGCUGAAGUGGAAGCUUUGGAGUCUCGGGUGGCUCAAAGGAGGAAGUACCUGAGCAAGGCCUUCACAGAAAGGAAUCAGUUCCUUCAAGGUCUUGGCCGGGCGCUGUCAUGGAUACAGCAACAAGAGAGCAAGGCCCUGAUAGAUGACCACAUUGCGCUUCUACCGGAAGACUUGGCAAAACAAGCGGCCGCGUGUCGGAGCAUCCAGAGCAGCCUUCGGGCUUACCAGAGGGAGCUGGCAUCUCUCUGGGUCCAAGGUCGGGAGCUGGAAAGGGACGCUAAGGAAAAAGAGCGAGCCGAAACCCUGGAAAAACUCCAGGAACUGCAGGCGGUGUUCGAAACGGCCCUCCAGAGAACUAAUCAGCGUGUCACAAUCUUGGAAAAAGCCUUGACGUCCAGAAAGUAUUUCCAGGUUGACCUCAACAAAACUUGCCACUGGCUCAGAAAAGCUGAAGCAAUCACCUUCCCUGAACUCAACCUCAGCGAUAUUGAAGACAGCUCCGAGCUGCAAGAUCAUCUGUCCACCUUUCAAAAAGUCUUGGAACAAGCGUCGGAAAAUGAGAACCUCCUUCUGAUCGUCCAGAGGAUAGGCCAGGAGAUCCUUCCCACUCUCAACGAGAUCGACCACUGCUACCUGGACGAACGGCUCAACGCCCUGCCUCAGCAGUACAACAGCAUCCUGGCGCUCGCCAAAGAGAAAAAGGACAGGGUCCAGCAAAUAGUCCUCGACAGGAAGGAAUUCAGCACUUUUUUUGAGGUGACUCAAAGCACUGUAGAGAGACUUCAGGAGCAGUUUGACAAUCUGCACAAGAAGACUAUCAGUACAAAUAAAGAGGAGUUUGUUUGCCUAAUGAAUGACUAUCACAAUAUAAAUGAAAGUUUAACACACAUCAGCAGUGCCGUAAGAGAAAUCCAUGGUAAAAAUGAGGGCUUUCUCAGUUUGGGACAUUCUUACAGAGCUGAGGAGACACGUCAGCUAGUCCAUCUUCACAGUUCGUUAAAAAAGAGAACCAAGAAGACACUUACACAUUUGGAUGAGGCCUUGAAAACCGUGGUGAAACAUAACGCACUACUGAACAGCUUUGACCAGGAACUUGAGUCUGCCAAAGACAAACUGAUCGCACUCAAAUCAGAUACAAAAAAUGAUGUCAUGGAUAAUACGGCAUCCUUUUUCGCCUUACUUGAAAACCUAGAUGGUGUUUCCGCACAGGCCGAAGAAUGUAUUCAACAAAUCAACAGUCUUGGCUUAAGGUUUGAUCCAGCUGCCUUGCAGGAAAUAACAGCUAGACGGGAAUCGCUGCAAUCUUUACACUCAGAUGUGAAAUGCUGUGUUGAAGAAAGGUCAAAGGACAUUGCGGAGUGCAAAGACUUCACAAGAGAGAUGGAGAAGAUGUCAGAAUGGCUGAAAACUGUUAAAGACACUUUGAGGGAACCACUGACCUUAACAGAAGCCAAAGUUGUCGGAAUGCAGGGGAAAAUGCGGAAAAUUAGAAUCACGAAAGAGGAACUGGAGAGUAGAUUACAGAUAACGAAUGCCUUGUUUCAUCAAGAAGAGCAAAGAUUUUGCAGUAUAAAAGAAACCAUUCCAGUGCAUAUCGAAGAAAUACUGAAGGACAUCAGGACUUUGGGAACUGAAGUCCGAACGGAAAUUAGCAACAAACAGGUGACUCUGGAUCAAGCAUUCAAUCUGGUCCUCAGGCAUCACUCAUCACUGCAAUGUAUGCAGAAAUGUCUGGAUUCUGCAGCUGAUUUACUCCAGCAUACAACAACAGGCGUGGAACUGGAGCACCUCGCAGACUUGAUGCACAACCUGGAAGAAAUCGACGACCAGGGCAAAAACUUGAAGGAUCUCCUUGAGGAGAUGAAGACCUCGGAACACCUUGUGAAUACUCAAGUGAUGAGCGAACUCACUGGGGAAGUUAAAGCCAUGCAACUGAGGAGUGAGGAAAUCAGACUGCAGGUGGAGGCUUCCAGACAAGCUCAUGAAAGAUGUGCAUCUCUCUGGGCCUGCUUCCAACAAGAGCGAGAGAGACUAGUCGAACAGAUGAAUGGCACCGAGAGCAAGAUGGCCGUUUUCACCACCGCUAAAGCCCACAGUCUCCAACAGGCAGAAGACAAGUGUGAGAAAUACAAGUUGCUUGUGACUCACACCGACCUGCAGGAGUUCACGCUCAACGCUCUGAAGGAUAAGGCGGUCGAGUUAGAGCGGCUGCUCACAGACUCCAGCGUGGUCCUCGUCAAUCGUGCGUUCUCGUCGCUAUGGCAACGUUGGAGUCGACUCCGCGGCGUGGCAAGAGCCCAAGAGAGGGCACUGGAAGACACUGCUCGAGAAUGGAGAAGCUUCUCAGGGAAGAUGGAUAAGGUCCGCUCAGUCUCUGCGGACCUCCACAGCCGCAUCCCGGACAGCACUGUAGAGAAAGCAGCAACUAGGGCGGCCCUCCAGACCCUCCUGGAGUACCAUGACUCCUUUAGCCUGGAAGUGGAGAGGGAGCAGUCCAUCCUUGCUCUGCUAAGGCAGCACAUGCACAACCUCCGAGGGGAUGAAGAAGAGGAGAAAGAAAAAGAGUCGGAAGGGAGGGCUGAGAAUUGUCACCAGGAAACACAACGCCUGCAAGAGAUCAGAAGCUUACAGGAACAAUACGAGAGUCUUUUGUCCCAGGUUCGGGCCAGCAGGGUGCAAGUGCAGCAAGAGUUGAGAGAGCGAGAGGAAGUGGAAAGAGAGCUUGGCUUGGUUAAAGGCUGGAUUCAAGACACUCGAGGCUUGCUGCUGAGUCCCACCGCUGACCUGGACACUCUCUUACAAGAUCUAGAGACUGCGCACGGCGGAGUCAUCAGCAGACGUCAAAGCGUUGAGCGGAUGACAGAGGUGCAGCAGUCCAAGUACCACGACUUGCAGGCAGGUCUGCCGUCGGAGCUCAGCAUGCAGCUGGCUGAGGUGGCCUUGGCUUUGGGAUCCGCUGAAGACCAGGUUCAGGCCCGAGAACGCGAGGUGCAGCAGACGCGGGACGUGAAAGAAGACUUCACCAGCAGAUUGAAAGACAUGGAGACCAAGCUAAAGACCAUCACAUUCAGAUUUGAAAUCAAGGGCGCCAGUCUGGAGGAAGCCCAAGAGGAGAACAGGAUUCUCCGUGAGGACUGCGAGUGCUGCGCCCACACGCUGUCCGAGCUGGCGGCGGCGGUGCAAGAGUUUGGUGAGCAGAACCCUUUGCUUUGCAAGCAGCUGGGUGAUGUCGUGGCCAAAAUGGCCGAAGCGCAGCGCCACGCUACGCAGCAGAUCCAGGACAGAAGCAACAGACUCAAGAAGGCAGAAAAGCAGAUGGCAGAGUAUCAAAGCCUGAAGGAAUUUAUUUUGAGUUGGGCGGAAAAAGCAGAGACUCUAGUCUCUUGUAACAUCAUCUGGAGUCCAGUAUCACAACUACAAGAGCAAAUCAGAGCAUAUCAGGCGUUGCUGAGGGAGUGUCGCGGUCUCCAUGGCGACCUUGAGGCCCUGGCAGAGUGGGAGGCGCAGUUGGGGGAUGUGCUGGCGACCAAAGGGUGGAGCCAGCAGGUGAAGCACCUCAGUAGACAGACGGAGGAACUGCAGCUGGCCGCAAAAACUCGCCUGCAGAGUCUGCAAGAUGCCGUCAAGGACGUGUUGCGUCUGGAGGCCGAGGUGAAGGGUCUCCACGCCGCUGUGGACAGAAUCCAUGUCAGCCUGGCGUCCCCUGAUCUUAACAGGCUCAGUCUGAGGGAGCAACUCACACAGAGACAACGUUUGUUGGCAGAAAUGGACAGCUUCAAGCGUCAGGUGGCGGCUGUGCAGCAGUGUCAGAGCGCUCUACGACUUCCGGAGGAGGUGGUUGCCGGUCUGGCUGUCUGCCGCACCGCACAGAGCCUGCAGCAGGAAACCAGCCAGCUGCAGCACACCACCAUCCAGCAGUGCAACAUACUACAGGAGGCAGUGGUGCAGUAUGAGCAGUAUGAACUGGAGGUCAAGAACCUACAGAGGUUAAUAGAAGAAGCCCACCGUAUCAUUCAGGACCGGCCUGUCUGCACAAGCAACAUUAAAGAACUGCAGGCACAAAUACACCACCACGAGGAACUGGCCCAGAAGAUCCGCGGCUACCAGGAGCAGAUCGCUUCGCUCCACUCCAAGUGCAAGAUGCUGACGGUGAAGGCCAAGCACGCCACCAUGCUGCUUACGGUCAGCGAGGCGGAUGGCCUUUCGGACGAACUCAGCGACGACGACAUGCCCGGCACCGGAGGAGCCGGCGACAAGGAGCUUCCUGCGCACCCCUCUGUCGUCAUGAUGACAGCAGGCCGCUGCCACACACUCCUCUCCCCUGUGACCGAGGAGUCGGGGGAGGAGGGCACCAACAGCGAGGUCUCCUCUCCCCCUACCUGCCGCUCCCCCUCCCCUGGGGCUAACGCUGACGCUCCUCUUAACCAGGGUCGCAGUGGUCUGACUCGAGCCGCCCUCCAGGAGCUCUACGACCCUUCUAUGGAGACCAGCACCGCCAACCUGGAUGACCUUCAGAGAUCAUGGGAAACACUCAAGAAUGUGAUAAGCGAGAAGCAGAAGAGUCUGUACGAAGCCCUGGAGCGACAGCAACACUACCAAGAAUCCCUGCAGUCCAUUUCCACCAAGAUGGAGUCCAUAGAGGCAGCGCUCGGCGAAAGCCUGGAGCCUAGCAAGAGCCCUGAGAGCCAGAUGGCGUCACAUCAGGCCUUGAUGGACGAGAUUCUGAUGCUGCAAGAUGAGAUUGGCGAGCUGCGGACGUGCUUCUCGGAGGAGCUGACGGACGGUGAUGGCGAACCCGCCGACCAGCUGGCCCUGCAGUCCACCCUCACCGUGCUGGGAGAGAGAAUGGCCACCAUCAGGAUGAAGGCCUCUGGAAAACGGCAGCUGUUAGAGGAAAAACUCAGCGAGCAACUGGAGGAACAGCGUCAGGAACAGGCGCUUCAGCGGUACCACAGCGAGGCCGAAGAGCUGGACCACUGGCUGCUCAGCACCCGCGCCACCCUCAGCUCGGCGCUUCACCUCCAAAAUGAAGACCUUGACAUGGAGGAGCAGCUCAUCGACUGCCAGAACAUGUUGUUCGAGAUCGAGCAGAAGGUGUCGUAUUUGUCCGAGCUGUCGGUGCACAGUGAGAGCUUGCUCCUGGAGGGUCGAGCCGAAACAAAGGGAGAGGCCGAGCAGCUCACAGUCAAACUGCAAUCCCUGAAGGACAGCUUGCUGGAGCUGCAGCAGAUGCUGCAGGACAAGCAGGUGGACAUACAGGGUUCCUUGCAAGAGCAGGAUGACAGUGAGCCCGACUCAUCGCUUUCACAGAGCCCCAACGUUCAAGAUUGGCUCUCUCAGGCUCGAUCGUCACGCACGCAGCAGCACCACGACAACCUGCUCAGACAGAUGGAGCUGCAGCAGCAUGUAGCAGAGCAGAAGAAGCUGCUUCAGUCAGUAGCCAGUGUUGGGGAAGACUUAAUUCAUCCACAGGUCACCACAAAUGGGGAUAGUGAGGGAUCUCAUCCCGUGGGAGUGUUGCUGGAAGCAGAAAGGUUUUCUCAAGGGGACCACUUGAGACAUCGCUGGGAGAACCUCAAUAAAGAUCAGAGCACUAAGCUGCAGCUUUCUCUUAACACGCUGGAGCAGGACCAGUUUAGCCCAAUCAUCCACCGGUCCCGUCUGACCAGUCCCAGCAUGGUGUUCCGGGGUGAGUCCAGCAACCAGGACUGUCGCUCUCCCACAGCUCUAUUCGAAGCCUGCAGCCAAACUCUAGAAAGAAUCACAGAAGAGGCAGAGAGCGGCGACAAGAAGAUGUCACUCUCUUCGCGUGGGGUGGCAGUCCAGCAGAACCUUUACGCUGCAGUGUCAGCCGCCUCAACCUGGUUGGACACUGCUGAGAAUGAGAUGCUCUCGGGGCCGGUGCUGCUCUCUGAAGACACUGAGACACAGCUCACACAUCUUGAGAGCACCAAUAAAGAUUUGAAGUUGAUGAGCAGAGAGGUAAACCAGUGCAGAGACCUGCUAGGUGGUGGGGCGGGCAGACUCUGCGGAGGGGAGGAGCGAGCCUUGAUGGAGGACACCCUGGAAGGUCUGCAGGAGAGGAUGGGCCUGCUGGACUCUACCCUUGAACAGCAAUGUGACACCAUGAGGGACAAACUUCAGGAGCACUUAAACUUCCAGAAUGAACUCAGAAUGCUGUUCACGGCUUUGAGCGAGAGUAAGAAUCUGCUGCUACAGAAGAUGGCUGCAACAGCGGACCGGCCUGCAGCCAAGCAGAUCGAGACAUUAUCAGAGGUGGAGGACAGUCUGAGGGAAUUUGAGCAGAGGGUAACCGAGCUGAAGACCAAAGCUGAAGGGCUCCAAUCUGACCGUCUCUCCCAUCAAGAACUCCUUAAACUACAAGACACAUAUGAAGAGCUGCUACUGAUGGUGGGCUCAAGACGUAGCGGCCUAAACCGGGCCCUUUCUCACAAGGCUCAGUACGAAGCGGCACUCAGAGAUCUCACGGAUCUGGUUGACACGGCUCAGGACAAGAUGGCCGCUGACCAAAAAAUGACUGUUUCCUCGGUUGUUGAGGUCCAUAUGUUACUAGACAAACACAAAGAGUUCUUCCAGAGUCUUGAAUGCCACAUGAUCCUCACUCAGACCUUCUACAGCAAAGUUUCUAGUUUGGUGACACCGCGAGAAAGUCAGGCCCUAGAAGAGGCCAUGUCUUUAGCACACAGUGUCCUCAAACAGGCCCACAGGAGGGGGGUGGAACUGGAGGGUAUUCUAGAGUCAUGGAGCAGGCUUGUGGAAGACUACCAGGCUCUGUGUAGACAGCUUGAGUCUGUCGAGUGCAGCAUCCCCACUGUGGGCCUUGUGGAAGAGACUGAGGAGAGACUUUGUGAGAGGAUCAGUCUCUACCAGCGUCUGAAGGCGAGUCUAACCGAACAUCAGCCCCAACUGUAUCAGGUCCUUGAAGAGGGCAAAAGGCUCCUUCUAUCUGUCAGCUGUUCGGACUUGGAACACCAGCUGACCCAGCUAGGAGAACACUGGCUUUCGUCAACCACCAAAGUCAACAAGGAGCUACACCGCUUCGACUCCACACUCAAACACUGGAGCAGGUACCAAAGGGAGUCGGCAGAGUUGAGCAACUGGUUGCAGUUGGCUCUGGAUAGACUUGAGUUUUGGACAACGCAGUCGGUCACCGUGCCUCAGGAGUUAGAGACAGUCAGGGAUCACCUCUGUGCCUUCCUGGAGUUUUCCAAGGAGGUGGAUGCUAAGUCAUCCUUGCGUUCAUCUGUGCUGAGCACGGGUAACCAGCUGCUGAGACUGAAGCGGGUAGAUACAGCUGGUCUGAGGACAGCCCUGGGCCAAGUGGAGACCCAGUGGGCCGAGUUGCUCACACGUAUUCCCGUCGUCCAAGAGAAGCUCCAUCAGCUGCAGAUGGAAAAGCUAGCGUCACGACACGCCAUCGCCGAGCUCAUCAGCUGGAUCUUGCUUAUGGAGAAUAUAAUAAAUGAAGACCAGGACAAAAUAGCUGGAGCUGUAGGCUCAGACUUUGUCCAGAACUUCUUGCAAAAAUAUAAGGGGUUCCGUAUCGACCUAACCUGCAAACAGCUGACUGUGGAUUUUGUCAAUCAGUCGGUACUGCAGAUCAGCAGUCAAGAUGUUGAAGGAAAGCGAAAUGAUAAAACCGACUUUGCCGAAAGCCUGGGAGCUAUGAACAGACGAUGGCAGAUAUUACAAGGGCUCAUCACCGAAAAGAUACAGCAUUUAGAAGGACUUUUGGAAAGUUGGAUCGAGCAUGAGAAUGGAGUGCAGGCCUUGAAAACAUGGCUGACACUUCAGGAGGAGAAACUGAAGAAGAGACAUAGGAUAGAGGAUGUUGCGUCAGUGCAGAACGCACUGAAAGAUUGUCAGGAGUUGGAAGAACUUGUGAAGGAGAAAGAGAAGGAUUUAGAAAAGGCUGAGGAACGAGGAAACGCGCUCAUCCAGGAUAAGAAAGGAGAAGCAUGUGCUGUUGUCAAGGAAACCCUGAAGGAACUCAACCAAUCCUGGACUCAUUUGGACCGCAUGAUAAGUCAGAUGAAGGUGAGCUUGCGUUCGGUGCUGGAACAAUGGACCUUGUACAGACGUGCCGCAGAGGAGAUAGAUGGGUACCUGAUGGAGGGUCGGUAUUGUGUGUCACGCCUGCAUCUCAUCAGUGGCUCCUUGGAGGCUGUGCAGCAGCAGGUAGAGAGCCUUGAGAACCUGCAAGAGGAGAUGGACAAGCAGGAAAGCAGUCUACUCAAGUUUGGCUCAGUAACCCAGCAGCUUCUCACCGAAUGCCACCCGUGUGUUGCAGAAACACUUAACAGAGCCCUGCGAGAUGUCAACAUGAGGUGGAACGAUCUACUAGAGCAGAUCUCAGAGCAGCUCAGGAGCAGUAAAGCCUUGCUGGGGCUGUGGCACCAAUUCAAAGAACUCUUUAGCACUUGUGUGAAAGCCGUGGAGAGGCAGGAAGAGCGUGCCGACAGCCUCCUGAAGAGCGCCACCGACAGGGACAUAACAGAAGAGGAGAGUAGUGCCUGGAUAAAGGACUGUGACGAUUGUCUUGGUGAGCAGGAUUCUGUGCAGAAUUCCCUGCAGCAGCUGCAAAAUUUGGGAGAACAGCUGAGGAGCCGAGUGGACGCCUACUCGUUUGCUGCACUGCAGUCGGACCAAAUGUCACUGACGUAUCGCUUGUCGGCUCUACCGCCCUCGUUACACAGGCAGCAGGAGGCAUUGCAGUGUGGAAGUCGGGCCUGCGAGGGCUUCAGGGACCAGUUGGACACACUCGUUCAAACGGACACCGAGGCUGCGCAAGUGUUGAAGGAGGUCGAGCAGCUUGGAUCUCCAGCACUUAAUGAUAUUCAAACACGCAUGGACAAAUUAAAGGCUCCCUUGUCCAAGCUGAGCAGUCUCUCGCCAGACUUGGAGCGUGUCAACGUGGUCAUGUAUCGACUACCGCUCAACGACGGAGACUUGAAGCGUCUGCAGAGUCUCAACCGAGCAUGGACGUCUCACUCUGCGCUGCUCAGCGAGAGGUUCAGUAAACUACAGGCGGCACUGCUCCUGCACCAGACUUUCCUGCAGAAGUGCGAAGCCUGGAUGGACUUCCUCUCUCAGGCAGAGAACAAACUGGCUGCCGAGAUUUCGGGCAACUACCAGAGUCUGCUGGAGCAGCAAAGAGAGCAUGAGUUGUUCCAGGCUGAGAUGUUCAGCAGCCAGCAAAUUCUUUACGCCAUUAUCAGCGAUGGCCAUGGUAUGCUUGACCAAGGACAAGUGGAUGAUGGGGAUGACUUUAGUGUGAAGCUUGCUUUGCUGGCCAAUCAGUGGCAAUGUGUUGUGAGGCGCGGCCAACAGCGCAGGGGCAUCAUCGACAGUCUCCUCCAUCAAUGGCACAGCUACCACGAUAUGUCCGAGAAGCUGAUGCGAUGGCUCCAAGAUGCGGCGCGCGAGCUGGAUGGCCAUCACCCGGGAGGAGAACCGCUCGCUCUGCAGCAGGCCAGGAACCUGCUUGAUCACGUACAAACUCCCUUAGUUAACCUCUACCCCCUCGGUCCGCUCUCCCUGUCCCGGCUUCUGCAGCUACGCGAGCGAGUCCUCCAGAGGCAGCAAGGAGGCUACAUUGUGACGGUGGAGGCCGGCAGGAGCCUGCUGCUGUCGGCCGACGCCCAGGCCGAGUCCACGCUGCAGACGGAGCUGAUGGAAAUCCAGGAGAGGUGGAGGCACGCACACCAGCGACUGGACCAGCAGAGGAAGGAGCUGCAUUCUCUUCUCAAGAAUUGGGAGCGAUGCGAGAAAGGCAUCGACGCCUCGCUGGAGAAACUGAGGGCCUUCAAGAGGAAGCUGUCUGCGCCAUUGCCUGAGCAUCACGAUGAGCUGCACGCCGAGCAGAUGAGAUGCAAGGAGCUGGAGAACAGUGUGGAGGGGUGGAACGAUGACCUCACUUCCUUGUACCUCCUGAGGGAUGCUUUGGUGGGCGUGGUCGGAAGCGAUGACAUCACGCUACUCCAGGAGCGCUUCCAGCUGCUCCAAUGCCAGUGGGAGGAAGUGUGCCACCAGCUCUCCCUGCGCAGGCAGCAGGUAAGCGAGAAAUUGAACGAGUGGGCCGUGUUCAAUGAGAAGAACAAGGAGUUGUGCGAGUGGCUCACGCAGAUGGAGAGCAAAGUCUCUCAAAAUGGAGACAUCAGCAUUGAGGAGAUGAUCGAAAAGCUACGCAAGGACUAUCAAGAAGAGAUUAGCGUGGCUGAGGAGAACAAGCAGCAACUGCAGCAGAUGGGACAGCGCUUGGCCCGGGCCAGCCAAGACGGCAAAGCAGCUGACAUAGAACAUAAACUCAGUAAAGUCAGCGAGCGCUGGACACACCUACUCGACCUCAUUGCAGCAAGGGUGAAGAAGUUACGGGAGACCCUGGUGGCUGUGCAGCAUUUGGAGAAAAACAUGAGCAGCCUGCGCUCGUGGUUAUCUCACAUCGAGACUGAACUGUCCAGACCCAUCGUCUACGACACGUGUGACGAGCAAGAGAUCCAUCGGAAGCUCAACCAGCAGCAGGAGCUGCAAAAGGACAUAGAGAGGCACAGCACAGGCGUAGCGUCCGUGUUAAACCUUUGUGAGGUGCUGCUGCACGACUGUGACGCGUGCUCCACUGAGACCGAGUGUGACUCCAUCCAGCAGGCCACCAGAGGCCUGGACCGACGCUGGAGGAACAUCUGCGCGAUGUCCAUGGAGAGAAGGCUCAAGAUUGAGGAAACUUGGAGGUUGUGGCAGAAAUUUUUGGACGAUUACUCACGCUUUGAGGAGUGGUUGAAGACUUCAGAGAGAACAGCAGCAAUGCCCAACUCUUCUGGGGUCCUCUACACUGUUGCUAAAGAGGAACUCAAAAAAUUUGAGGCCUUCCAGCGGCAAGUGCAAGAGUGUCUGACCCAGCUGGAGCUGAUCAACAAACAGUACCGCCGCCUGGCCCGCGAGAACCGCACCGACGCUUCCUGCUGUCUCCGGGAAAUGGUGCAUGAUGGGAACAGGAGGUGGGACAACUUGCAGAAGAGGGUGGGCGCCAUUCUACGGCGCCUCAAGCACUUCAUCAACCAAAGGGAGGAGUUUGAAACAGCUCGGGACAGUAUCCUGGUGUGGUUGACAGAAAUGGACCUGCAACUUACCAACAUCGAGCACUUUUCCGAGUGUGACGUUCAGGCCAAGAUUAAACAACUGAAGGCGUUCCAGCAGGAGAUCAACUUGAACAUGGGCAAGAUUGAGCUAGUGUUCAGACAGGGAGACUCUCUGAUCGAAAAAAGCGAACCCUUGGAUGCUGCGGUGAUCGAAGAAGAGCUGGAGGAGCUGCAGAGAUACUACCAAGAGGUGUUUGGACGUGUUAACAGAUACUACAAGAAGCUUACACGUUUACCUUUGGUGGACGAUGAGCUAGAUGGUUCCGACGUGGAGGACGGCGCUGACCUCUCCAAGCUGCAGUGGUGCGACUCCAUGCCUCCUCGCAACUCUAGUCGUUCGACAUCAGGAGCCGCCACCCUCAUUCGAGGUGAACGUUCUGGUCGGGACACUCCGGCCAGCGUGGACUCCAUCCCGUUGGAGUGGGACCAUGACUACGAUCUGAGUCGUGGUCUGGACAGUCCAGAGGGACGCCACCAUAGAGGGAGGAGCAGAGGACAAGAGGAAGACGAGGAAUAUUUGAGGACGACGACUGCAGUGCUGUCAGACGUAGUUAUUCCCGAGAGUCCCGAGGCCUAUAUAAAACUGACUGAGAGCACAUUGAAAUCGUCCUCUGGCGAUCCAGGACAGCUAGAGGCUAGCCUCAGACAACUGGACCAAGCUCUGGACGCAUCACGUUACCAGCUGCAGGCCAGAGAGGAUGCCGUUAGCCGCUCCAGCCCUGAAGCUGAUUCAACAUACAUGGGCUAUAUGCGUCUGAUGGGAGAGUGUCGCGGCAGCAUAGACGCAGUGAGGGUAGUCGAGGAAGAGCUCACAGAGGACGAAGAUGAACUGCCGGGACUCAUCGACCCGACCACCACUGAUGGUCAGAAUGCAGGUGUGAUCGAGCGCUGGCAACUGCUACAAGCUCAGUCGCUAAGUGACAAGCACAAACACAAGCAGAACCUGCAACAAUGCCAGCAGCUCAUCUCGGACCUGCAAACCAUGCGUGCGUGGCUCGGUCGCUGCGAGGCAGAACUGGGUCAACUGCGAGGCCUGGAGCUCAGCACGGACAUCGAAAUCAUCCAGCAGAGGAUCAAGAAGCUCCGGGAGCUACAGAAGGGGAUGGAGACCAACAAGUCGGAGGUCCUGUCCAUUAACCUGAGCAGCGCUGCCUUCCUCCAGUCGGAGCCCGACUCCGAGGAGGCGUGGGAGCUGCGGAACGCUCUGAAGGAGAUGAACACGCACUGGAAUCGCCUGGACACCUCGCUAGAGGAGUGGAGGGAAGAGCUGCAGAGAGCGCUCAUGCAGUGCAAGGAGUUCCACGAGAUGAGUCACGGUCUGCUACUGUGGUUGGAGAACAUCGACCGCAGGAGGAACGAGGUGGUGCCCAUCCCUCCAAAACUGGACUUGGAAACUCUCCGAGCUAAUCGCAGUACAUUAACGCAAAUCAGAGAGGAGCUGCUGAACUCGCAGCAGAAAGUGUCGACCCUCCAGGAGCUGUCGGCUCAGCUGCUGGUCAGCACGGCGGCAGCGACAAUGCACCGGUCCUCGGGUGGAGAGUGUCUGGAGGCGCAGGAGAAGGUGCACGUCAUCUCGAACAGGCUGCGCUUGCUGCUGCGUGAGGUUGAUGGUGACCUGGACGAGCUGCAGAGGCGACUGGAGGAUGAGUGCUCGCAACAGGAUUUCUCACCGCUAUAUGUUACUGAAUCAAACAUGACUGCUACCUCUGCGGCUGCUUCUACUCUUUCUGAUGAGUCAAACAUCGGAAAAAGUCACUUGCCCCGAGGCAAAAGUAGUCAGGCCCAACCCGGACCCCCCGAGACCGGCACGCGCCACAGCCACAGGAGGCCACACACCGGCGCCGCUGGCUGCGUUUCCUCCCCUUCUGACCUUUUGGACGACGUCUCGUCGCCGUCCUCCCCCUCCUCCAAGCAGCCGUCCUUCCUGCAGAGGGUCCUGCGGGCGGCGUUGCCCGUGCAUCUGCUCCUCCUGCUCCUCAUCGCCUUGGCCUGCAUGGUGCCCAUGAGCCAGGAGGACUACAGCUGCCACCUCGCCAACAACUUCGCAAGAUCUUUCCACCCUAUGCUUCGCUACACCAAUGGACCUCCGCCCAUAUAG